AACUUGCUUCGUGCUUCAUCAGCACUAAUGGCCGCAGUGCUAACGGGACGAGCCCCGGUGCUCCAGUGAUAGCGUCGCUGCUAGUGCAGUGAACCCGGGAAUGAGCGAUCCAGUCGCAGUCUGCAAACCGUGAGAGUGGAAGCUCUGCUUUCCUGAUAUCAAAAUGAUUCGCAUAGCAGCACUGAAUGCUGCUGCGGCAGCUUUAGAUGAGUCUCAAGACCCCUUGAGAAGUAGCAAGAGUCAGACGAAAGAGGCUCAGGAAGCCGAAGCUUUUGCUUUAUAUCACAAAGCUUUAGAUCUUCAAAAACAUGACAUGUUUGAGGAGUCCAGCAAAGCCUAUCAUGAGCUUCUCAAAACUCCACUGCUCAAAGAGGCUCUGCCCUCAGAUGAUCAGAGGGUGGGUCUCAAACAUCCUGGACUGAUGUUAAAAUACUCCACGUUUAAAAACUUGGCCACUAUGUCUGCAUUGCGGGAUGACCUGGAGACUGCUAUGGAGUUUUAUUUGGAGGCUGUUAUAUUGGAUUCCACUGAUGUGAACAUGUGGUAUAAAAUCGGUCAGGUUGCUGUGCGACUGGUGCGCAUUCCUCUGGCUCGACAUGCCUUUGAGGAGGGAUUGCACUGUAACCCAGAUCACUGGCCCUGCCUGGACAACCUCAUAACUAUUCUUUACACACUCAGUGACUACACUUGCUGUUUGUACUUCAUCGCCAAAGCCCUCGAGAAGGAUCAUUGUUACACUAAAGGCCUGGUGCUGAAGGAGAAAAUCUUCGUGGAGCAGCCAUGUCUAAAGAGAGACACAAUGCAGAUGUUCAUGAAAUGCGAUAUGUCCAUUCACUAUGUGGAUGUGGAGGAAGAGGAGCGCAAAUCCAUUGUGGAAGAGGCCCUGGAGAUACGGAAACGCAGACAGGCUCUUUCUCACUGUGAACCUAAACCCGACCUUGUCCUGAUUCAGCCCAUCCGGUGCCUCUCAUGGAAGCAUUUGGGUGAAAGCCUUCUUGCAAUGUACAGACAUCAGACCACAUGUGAGUCACCACGUCCGAGUCUCGGCCGCAGGAUCGACUUGUCAGAGUACUCGGACCCGAACUUCCUCCAGAACCUCCCCCAACCCAGCAGUCCUGUUACUAUGGGCCAAACCACGGUGCUGAGCAGCAGUCCCAGCUCAUCCCUGCCGCCAGUCAUUCUCUCUGAGCCAGUAAUGCUACCCCAGCCCGGCAUGCAGCCUCAGAUUGCCCCCAGUCAGACCACAGUGGAGAUCACCACUUCUGCUCAUAUUGUUGCUACAGCCAUAGACGUUUCAAUGACAGAUAAAGUGAAGAAAGCGCCAAAAAGGAAGCGUGCGAUUGAAGAUAGCGGAGAGACGGCCAAGCGACGCUCAGCACGUGUGCGGAACACAAAAUGCAAGAAGGAGGAGAAGAUUGAUUUUCAGGAACUGCUUUUUAAAUAUCUUCCUUCCAGGCUAAAGAAGUUUGAUCCUGAUAACGAUGAUGAGAGCAUGAGUAAUCUGGAGCCACAGUGUGAUGGGAAGGAGGACAAACAGCCUCUACAUGGGAGUUGCCUGCCUGUAGACUCAAUUGAAUACAUGGAAUCUGAGCAACAAGAUGUCCACAACUUCCUGCUCAACAAUAUGAGCAAUGGUGGUAUACUGGAGCUGAUGAUGCGCUACCUGAAAGCAGCGGGUCAGAAGUUCCUGAAGGAGUGGCCUCGGGGGCUGACGUCUGUGGUGCUGGAAGUCUAUCAGACCUGGAGGAAGCACAGCAGCGGUCUGCCUAACCCUUUGCUCCGGGACUGCAGCAACCAACACAUCAUGGAAAUGUUGGCGAUGAGUCUGGCUUGUAUGGAGUUGCAGUUGGAGCAAUGGUUACACAAGAAAGGCAAGAAUGUCUCUCCAAGAAGAAGCAGCCUUGGUCCUGGCAGUGACACAGCUGACUCAGAAUUCCCUGGACAGCACUUCCAGAGUGAUUUAUUGCUUCUGGCCUUGGGUUCGUCCCAAAGAGACCUGUUUGAGAACGACUGGCUGGAUGUCAUGGUGCGGGUCUACUGGCUCAAGGCACGAUUCUUAGCUCUAGAGGGAGACAUGGAGUUGGCACUGGAGAGCUAUGAUGUGUGUACAGGGCUGUUGCAGAGCAAACCUAAGUCCCCUGAACAGAAAAAUUACACCAUCAACUUGCCUAACCUACGUGUAGAUGCGGCGAUCUCUGUGGAGGAGAUCGACAAGAGGUUGAAGUCUCUGGAGCGUUGUCAGUCUUUGGAAGAGAUCCAGCGGCUUUUCGAGUCUGCAGACUUUGAGUCUGUUGUGCGUCUGCUGCAGCCCACUCUUAAUUAUGGCAGCAGGAGCAAACCUCUGGAGUUUGUGAGCUCAGCACCAGAGCGGCCUGCUCAGCUAAUGCUACUGCAGAAUUCUCUGUUGAAGCUGCAGGACUACCAGCAGUGUUUGGAGUGCAGCGAUCUGGCUCUGAACGAAGCUCUGCAGCAGCUCAACUCUGCCUCAAACCCCUCUCCCCCAAGUAAGGAGGAGUGGGUCAGCACCAUUGGAACCCUGCUGGACGGCAUCGAGCUCUGCUUCACUAAAGACUCCGAGCUGCUCAGCAACGUCCCCCGAUUCUCUAGCAUGGCUCGUCUGGCAAACAACCUAAUUCAGCUGAUUGAUCUCAGCAUGAGCACAUCCGACGAUCCCAAGGAGCCUUAUUUCUUCUCGGUUCUCCCGUGGAUUACGCUGUAUCGCAUUAUCAAACACGAGGAGGCUGCGUUUGACUGUAUGCUCAGACAGCAUAUGUCUGUAGGGGAUGAUGAAGAUGACUCAGACACUCCUAUGCUGCCCUCCUCCCUGAUGCUUCUAAACACAGCCCAUGAGUAUCUGGGCCGUCGCUCCAUGUGCUGCAGCUCAGACGGUGCCCUCCUCAAGUUCUUUCUUCGAGUUUUGGAAAAAGAGUUUGCAGCCUCUUCCAGCGUUGGCUCUCAUCCGUACAAAGAGGAGUUGGAGAUGGCAUUGGAGCAGUGUUUCUUCUGCCUCUUUGCCUACCCCAGUAAGAAGAGCAAGGCCCGCUACCUGGAGGAUCACACAUCUCCACAGGUUGACCUGCUGUGGAGUGACGCUCUCUUCAUGUUCCAGUAUUUAAAACCAAAGACACUGCCUGAGUUCGACAGCUAUAAGACAAGCACAGUGUCUGCAGAGUUGGCUAAUCUGCUGAGGAGGUUCACUGGCAUCACACCCCCAAGUGACACUCCCAUCCUCACCAUGGAUGAAGUGGCAGCCUACAUUGAGGGCAUGACGGAAAAGGUCCCAUGCCUUCCUGAAGGCAGCGUCCCAGCGCCUGCAAUCAUUGAUGAGAUCUACUACCUGCUGGCUGAUUACCAUUUCAAGAACAAGGAGCAGUCCAAGGCCAUCAAGUUCUAUAUGCACGACAUCUGUGUGUGUCCCAACAGGUUUGACUCCUGGGCAGGUAUGGCUUUAGCUAGAGCCAGUCGUAUCCAGGACAAGCUCAACUCUAACGAGCUGAAAAGCGACAUUCCCAUAUGGAAACACUCUCAGGCUGUGCUUAGCUGCUUUAAGAGGGCCCUCGAGAUAGACCGCUCCAACCUGUCCCUGUGGAUCGAGUAUGGCACCAUAUCAUAUUCUCUGCAUUCGUUUGCUUCGCGGCAGCUCAAGCAGUGGCGCAAUGAGCUCCCCCCAGACGUGGUUAAACAGAUGGAAGAAAGGAGAGACUCCAUGUUGGAGACGGCGUCCCAGUGUUUCCAGGGUGCUUCCCGUUGUGAGGGUGACAGUGAUGAAGAAGAGUGGCUCAUUCACUACAUGCUCGGGAAAAUAGCAGAGAAACGCAAACAGCCUCCGGUGGAAUAUCUGCAGCUUUAUAAUAAGGCAGCGCACUAUCUGCAUGAAGAAGCUGCCAGGUACCCCCGCAAAAUCCAUUACCAUAAUCCUCCUGACCUGGCCAUGGAGGCCUUGGAGCUGCAUUUCCGUUUGGGCGCCACCAUUCUAAAACUACUAGAGGCUCUGAAGCCUGAUCUGGAACAUGAGCAUUUGUUCAAUUUGCUGGUCGAGGCAGCUACAGGGCCGUUUGCAAGGGCGGAAGAGAAGAGUAUGCCAAGCAUGCCGAGGUCCAAUGAAAAGGAGAAACCCCCCUCCAUGAUGGAUGAAGACUUUAACUGCUCUUCAGUUGGUAUAGGGAACGUCCUCCGCUCCUCCCCCCCAUCAGCUGCCACCCCAGGUCUGGCAUGCCCUCCUUUCGUGGCCACGCCGUUUGACCACGAUUACGCCAAACGCAAAACACUUCGACGGCAGCAGUGGCAGCAGCAGCGGCAUGAGGAGCAGCAGGCUGAUGCCUCACCAGAGUUUGACCAUGAUUACUGCCUGCCCAGGUCUUCAAUGUGGCUGGCUUCCCUGAAUGAGCGAAGUCAGGACAGUGAGGUGGUGUUGCUCUCUGACUCCAACUCCACCCAGGAUGCUUUCACAGAUCCCACCAGCUCGCAGGACAGCAGCCACAAACCGGCCUCUGGGAAAGUUGGCCCAUUAUUGUCUGAGAGUCCGACCACUGUGAAGGAUGGACAGCAUACGUCUGAGGACACAGCAUCACGUGGAGAGCAAACUGGCAUCCAGACCGAAGAAAAAGUUAUCGUAGAAGCUGUGGUGGUGACAAUCCCUGAGCUCUCAGCCCCCAAGGUCUCUGCGGACCCUUGUCCUCAUCCGCUUCCUGUCCCAGCCACACCUCCAAAGCCAGCCGCCUCUCAACAGGCCACUCCUCAGACCCCAGCCAGCGAGGGGAAGAGGAAGCCGGAGCUCCCCCCUGAGGUGAUCGAGGUGCCCAAGGCCCUUCCCACAGAACGCAACGACCAGAGGAAGAUGCUGGUGGAAAUGUGCGUCCGUUCUCUCUUCCUCUGCCUCAGCCGCUUCCCUCAGCAUUACAAGAGUCUGUAUCGCCUGGCCUUCUUCUACUCCAGCAGCAAGACGCAUCAGAACCUACAGUGGGCCAGAGAUGUGUUGCUAGGAAGCAGUGUCCCAUGGCAACAGCUGAAGCACAUGCCAGCACAAGGACUUUUCUGUGAAAGAAACAAGACAAACCUGUUCAACGGAAUCUGGCGAAUUCCAGUAGAUGAGAUUGAUCGCCCGGGAAGUUUUGCAUCUCAUAUGAACCGAUCUAUUGUCCUCUUGCUGGAGGUGCUGUCUCAGCUUAAGGAUCACGAUACUCUGCUGAAAGUCUCUUUCAUGCUGCAGAGAACCCCUGACCAGGGAAAGAAGUAUUUACGGGAUGUUGAUCGCCAGGUUUUGGCCAAGAGAGCAUUUUUCCUGAAUGUAAAAGUCCUGGAGGACAAUCUGAACAGUCUCACUGGGGUGUCUGAGCAGCUUCUCAAAGCGCCUGCGCCCUCCAUGGGGGAGAUGACCACAACCGACACAUCCAACAGGCCCAGUUCAGAGGACAGCAAGUAUGCACUGCCAAAGAAGCCUGUUCUCACUGAGGGAACCACUGACACAGGGCCCAGGGAUGCCUUACAGACACAACUUACCCCAACACCACCAUCCACAGAUAAAGGGAGUAAUGUACAGGAGAGCUUCCCUGGGAAGGUAGAGACCGCGGGGAGUGUGGAGCACAAGUCCGGUCCUGAGGAACCCAUGGAUUUGGACACUGGCCACUGGAAGUCCUCCAACACCACUGACUCACAGGGCAACCUAAUGGAGGCUGGGACCUCCCUGAGUGCUGUGGAGCCCCAUCAGAAAAUGAUGGACAGCAACAGGACACCAGAGCUGUCUCUGGAGGAGCUAAGUAUCAGUUCCAGGCAACAGCAGCUACAAGCCUCAGCACCCAAGGUCACUCUGGCAGCCAGUGGGACUGAUCAGGGGUUGCUACGGAGGCCGAACAGGAAAAGGAAGCUUCUGGAGGACGUGGAAUCUGGAAAAACGUUACUGCUUGAUGCCUAUAGGGUCUGGCAGCAAGGCCAGAAGGUCAUGACCUAUGAUCUGGCACGCAUUGAGAAGAUCAUGUCAGAGACUUAUAUGCUCAUAAAACAGGUGGAUGAGGAUGUAGCUCUGGACCAAGCUGUGAAGUUCUGCCAGAUACAGUUGGCCACUUCAGCCCAAAGACAGUCUGCAGGAGAUGCGCCGACCACCCCUAAGUACCCCAAGGAUCACAGAGACCUCUUCUUCCCCGCCUCCUUGCCGACGCCAGUCCUUCUCAGCCACUCCGUCUGCCACCCGCUGUCCGUCCAGGACGGCCAGGCCAAGGUGGUGUACGAGCCCCUGAGCAAGGUGGCCAGGCCUCUAGCCUCGAGCUUCCACGAUCAGCCACAGCACAGGAGAGCAGCGAGCCACCCCGCUGCAGCCAUGGCCUUCCUACCACACACAGAGGAGCGGGAGGAGUCCACCGAGGGACUCGUGUACCGUCAGCAGGAGUCGCACCUUUGUCAGCAGAUGAAACUCGCCACUGUCUCCCAAGGACAAGACUCCACAGUGGGCUGGUUCCAGGAGGAAACUGCCACAUGUAGCACAGCACAACCUUGUCCAGACCAGCAGCAGUAUGCCAGCAGCGACCAAUCCAAGCUUCCAGACCCCGGCCGAAUCCGCUCCCGUGUCCCCCCCAACAUGCCAAAGCUUUUCAUCCCGGCCACAGUUACCAAGUUCCCGCCAGAAAUCACAGUAACACCUCCGACACCCACUCUCCUCUCCCCCAAAGGCAGCAUCUCAGAGGAAACCAAACAAAGACUUAAGAACGUCAUCCUGUCGUCUCAGUCUGCAGCCACAGUCAAGAAGGACACUCUGAGCCAGCCGGCGCUGGAGGUGCAGGAGACGUCCAGCCAGGAGUCGUCUCUGGAGAGCGAGUCUGACGAGGAGGAGGAGGAGGAGGAAGAGGAGGAUUACAUGGACGUCUGAGCCUCUGGAGGCCUCGUGCUCACUCGAAACUGAACUUUACUCAGCCCGACUGCCAAACCCUCUGCCCCCGUCUAUACAAACUACCCAAGAAAAAACAAGUGGUGCAACUCACUGCAGCUGUGUUUGUCGAUGCUUUUGUAUCCUCUCAUGCACACACGCAGUGUUGUCAUUGGCUGUCAUGUCGCUGUGUUGCGUUGCUUGUCAGCAGUGAUGGUGUGCAUGACAGACGACGGCUGCGGCGGCUUGAGUCUCACAGCAUGUCUGUAACGUGGCAGUUAUGCAUAUCACUCAUCGGCUUAGUGAGCUCUCGUGCACCAGGCCGGACGCUGGAUCUUCAGAGACAAACUCGUCGGUGGCCUCUCGCGUGUUUAUGCAUCUUUCUCACUGUCGUGUGCUGACCUUAUCUCACAGCUGCAGCUAAAUCCUCCAUAACUCCCCGAUCUGAGGUGCCUCAGUGUGGACGGACGCUCAGCAGCACGGACCUGCUGUCCUCCACUUUGACCUUUUUCCUCCAGCAUGAGAUUUUAAUCUGCAACACACACACUUUUUGAUGAUUGACAUGUUUCAAUGUACACAAAGGUGAAAUGAGGACAAUCGGCUGCAGUCGGGGGUCGUCUGUGGAGCCUCACAGCCUGUAGCAGAUUGGAAAAUGUUUACACUUAAUAUUUGGGAUGUUUCUUUCAGUUGGCACUUAACUUUGUGCUAUUUUUGUAUGCACUGUAUUUCUUGUAAUAAUAAUUGUCCUGAUAUAUAUUUUUCUUUUCGUUCUUCUGUGUGCAUUUGUAGCGAAGAAGAGCAGUUCUUAUACGAGGAAGACCUCCUGUCACCAGCACUGAUCUGAAUGAUAUGGAAAUUUGCAUAUUUGCUUAUUAUGGAAUUAGAUUUUCUACAUAUCACAAUCCAAAUAUCUUUCCGUACAUUUUGGCUUUAAUGGGUGGAGCAUUAAGCUGGAGGAGUGUGUGCAUGUGUGAGAGUCGGGUUGAGCUGAAGGCCGAUUAGAUUCCAGUCAACUCAGGAAACGACUCGGCGUUAACAGACACUCUUUCCUGACCUGAGUGGAAUUGACACGCAUGCUGGGGCAGACUCUUGAUUACAGAUGCCUUUACAUUCGAAGCCACUUUGGUAAAUUUGUCACAAUUCUAGCUUAACUCAGAGGAAGACAAUAGAAUGUUUUUUACAGAUUGUUUUCUAUAGAGAGAUAUUUACUGAUUUUUGAAAGAUGUCUAAAAAAUUAUUUUUAAAGCAACACACAACGGAAUACGUGUUAACUAUUACCCUUGAUUGAGGAAAAAAAUGGUUUUGUAUUUGAUUUCAUUAUUUAGUUUUUAGUUUUUUUUUCUAUUCCGCUGCCUUUCAGCGAAUGUACCACGGCUCAAGAGGAAACCAGGGAAAAGGCUUAAACUCGUCUCCCCUGGCUCAGGCUGCUGGAAGGGAACUGUUCUCUGUGUCUGGACUGAAUGCAUUAUCGAUGUCAAACCAAAAUAUAUAUUUGAGAAACACAUUUGUUCCGUGUGCUCCUGAGAAU